CCCAGGUUGGCAUGACUUGCGCGUCCAUUGCAAAAAAAAAUUCCUGCACAGAGUUUUCGGUACAAUUAACUGACUUCGGCAAGCUCGUGAUGUAGGCCGUAAAAAAAGCGUUUUAUGGAUUAGUGUAAUAGAAAACAGUGAUAAGUUUGUGGGUGUUGUGUGUUCGAUUCAAUUGCGUCGUCCGAGAUCAUCAAUAGAUUCGACGGCUUUGCGGCUUUUCUUAGUACUCGCUUCGGUAUUCGUUUUCCCCGCACCCAAGCCGCAUUUGCGACGCCGCUGGGAAAAUGUCGCUGGAAGGCGCCAGAUUGCGCUAUGAGGACGAAAAUGGCCAAGUCGUGGUCCUGGCAGCCAAGGGACGCACCUUCCAGGUGGGCUCCUACUUCAACUGCGACCUGACCAUAGAGGAUCCGCAGGAGGAGCGGCUGCUUUGUGAGAUAAAGUGCGACGCAUUCGGCAGGGUCAACAUCUACAACAAGUCCAGCCAGGAGCCCAUCCACUUGAACGACCAGGAAUUCUACUCGUGCAAUGGCAAGCGUCCCCUGCUCCACGGCUGUCGAAUCACCAUUCGAGACAGGGUCUACACUUGGGAAUUUCCCAAGUCCUCGGAGACGCAGGACGAACCGAGCACCCCAAAGAGCACCACAUUGGCCGUCGAGCAGGCCUCGAACUCCUGCCCCGCGCCGAAGCAAUCGCAUCGGCCGCAGAUCGACAAACGCCUGACGGUACACAACUUUAACUACAGCAUUAAUUCGGAUGACGAGGGCAAUACUUCCAUAGAGUCGCGCGAUCAGAACGAAUCCCUCUUGGAGGUGGACAGCCUUAAUAUCUCCACUCCACCCAGCUCGGAUAUAACAGCCUGCGAGACUCCCAAAGUGAAUCUGCUGGACUCCACGCAAAACAAGGAGAACACGGCCACUCCGUCGGGCAGCCAUCUGAAAUUGUUGCAGUUGUGCGCCCGCUCCGACGUGGUCAUCACCUCUUUCUCGCCGCGCGAGACGGGCGUCAAAGUGGAGAAGUCCUUCACCUGCGUGCGCAAGCCGCUCAAAGCGGCUUCGGCCGUAUCCACGCCCAAGAGCGUGUACAGCACUCCGAAGGGCGGCGUGCUCUCGGAACUUAACGACGACAGUUGCAGCCGCGAUCUGGUGGACUUCAGUACGCCGUCCACCUCGCAGAAGGCCAUGCGAGCGUCCUCCAUGUAUCUGAUCGACUUGACCACACCCUCAAAGCUACGACCCACACUCACGCCCAAGCAGACGCCUACGACCAUUACCGUGGACAGCACGGACGAGUCGUCCGAUGCCUCGCCGCUGGUCAUUGAUAUAACCAACUCCGCCACGCCGCCACCAGGCCCUUCGUCACGGAACAACACUCCUCGACGUCCUGGUGGCGUCACUGGCGCCACACCCAAGCGAACGCCCCAGUCCCUUAUGAAACGGGCGCUUCUUACCAGCACCAAGAAGCAGAUCACCGCCAACCAGACAGAUAAGACCACGCCCGUGGCCAAUGCCAAGCGCCCAGGAUCGCUGUUAGAGGCCCGUCGACAGUGCCUUACCACGCCCCGUCGUUUGCCCUUCCACCCGGUUAGGCGGACGCCAGUGCACCGGCUGGAUGAGCAGGCAAGAGGCAAGGCGCCCAAGACAUCGCCACGCAAGCGAAAGUCACUCAUGGAAAGUCCCAGGGAAAACAAGGUCUCCCAGCUCAGGAAGUCAUUUGCGGCGGCCAAGCGCAGUCCCGGGGUUGACAAGAGCAACAAGCUGGUAGCCAAGGCACGGCGAUCUCUCAAUUCGCCCAAGAGCGCAUCCCCAAAGCCGGGAUCGUCGAAGCCGGCAUCGCCAUGUCCGAUUAACACGUUUAACUUGCCCCAGAACAAGUGCUCUACUCCGGAGAAACUUGACGAUUCAAAGGACGAAUUAAGCCGCACUUUUACAAUCAUGGAUGAAACCGAAGGAAGGGAACAGAGUGGGCUAGGAACAGUUUUUGAAGCGGUGGCUGCUCUUGUCACUGGUGAAGUAGAAAAUGAAGUGUCUUUUAAGCUCGCAUCCGAAGUAAUUGAAAAGAAAAGUUCUUCUGUCGAAGAGGAAGUCGAAUUUGAAGAGGAAGAAGUGAAUUCUAGGAAAGAUGAUGCCAUACUCGAUGAAAAAAAUAGAAAACUGGAACCUUGCGACGAAGAUGUGGAGCCAAACGAUUUAAAAACUGCUAAUGUUGAGGAGGUAUCAACAAGAUCGUCAGUGGAUAGUCUACAAGACAAGGAGAAAACCAUUCCAGUUAACGAAAAACCAGUAGAAUCUGUUAUCGAGGAUAACAUUUGUGAAGAGGUUCAUGCAAACAUUCCAGAGCCAGCCAAUAAUGCUAGCUCUGAUGGAAUAAUUGAGGAUCAAAUUUGCGAAGAGGUGGCAUUGGAGACUAAGUCUACUGAUGAACCUGUUGAACUGGGCAAGACAUCACAAAAGGUGAAUGAACAAACUCCAAAUGUUGAAACACCCGUACUUAGGAGAAGUUUGCGCCGACUCUCUGUUGACCAGAGGGAACUGACCACAACGCCCCGGCGGAGCACUCGUAGAUCCUCUGUGGACACCAACAAAUGGUCUACGCCAACGCGCCACUCGAAGCGUCUGAUGAACACGCCCAAGCGGGAACAUCAAGUGGAUGAAUCAGUGGGCGACAUGGGCGUCAUCUUGGAGGAAGAUGGUCCAGCAGACGAAGAGAAAUCGGCCAUCGCUGAUGACGAGAAUUAUGGCAACGAACUCCCCGUCGAUGAAGCCGAUAAAGUGGACUACCACGGCUUGAAAGAUUUGUUAAAAACACCCAAAAAUUGUAGCACGCCACGUUUUAAAGGACUGAGGGAAAUGAUGCGCACGCCGAAGAUUCCCGAAUCACCCAUUUUGGGAAACUUAGCAGAGCUGUUGGAAACCUCUGCUGGUAGCACACCUUACCACAAAAGCAAGAGCAUCACGGUGGCUCGCGUUGAGCAGGGAAAGACACUGGAGGGAAUUUUGAAGACGCCCAGCGCCAGGAAUAUAAUGGUGCCAAAUGAGCCUGCUAGUGCGGUAUUGAAGUCUCGCGAGGAUUCUUUGGCGACGACCACCGAAUACGAUCUGAACAUGACGAAUAACACGUUGCAUUUGGACAAAAUCUUUGAUGACAUGCCCGAAACAACUGGUACCAACUUAGAGGACACCGAAGCCGAGAUAAAUGUCACUGCGAUCAGCACAGCGACUGGUGGGGAUCCCUUGGGUUCCUCAAAGCUGAAUGACUCCGUGUCAUCGGAGGCUCUGAUGACGGACUGUAAUACGGCAACAAUGGGCAAUUCCCUUAAGGAUCCUCUGACCAGCACCACUUACAAGGCUUCGAUGCAGGCCGAUCUGAAUCUAAGCGCCUUCAGAGAUGGUGGGUCAAGGACCACCUCGCCCAACCCAAACGAGAUGAGCGGCAUACAGUUGCUGGAUCAGACUUCGGACUCUAUGUUUUCCGAACCUCUAAUAGUGACGGGUGUGGAGUCGUGCGACGUUACUGUCGACGAGACAAAGGCUUCGGGUCAGACCUUUCAGCCUGCGGAUCACAUUGAGGAUCGGUCCGACACAGAUUCCAACGUUGGUCUUACCGAGCCCUUAGUAUUUAGUGAUGAUGAAGAGGAGCAAGAUGAAUGCGAAGGGACUCCCAAAAAGCCUAAAAGUUUCGGGGAAACAUCUAUAGCCUACGAGCUUCAAGAAACCGGCGAUUUGCUUGACAACAAAUCUGUUAUUGAGACAUCAGUUAAAGAAAAAGACAUGGAUUCUAAUAUUGAAGUUUCACUGAUUGAAGUUGAAGAUUCCACAACUGAGGGCAGUAUUAACGUUACAAAACCAGCAGAUGACGAAAUUCUUAAAGAGAAAUCUCUGAUAAUCGAACUAGAUAUUUCUAAGAAUAAGGAAGCAACAGGUCAAGAAAAUAAUGAAUCUGCCGUUGAGGAAUUGACGAUCUUAGAGUCCGAGAUAUUUCCCCUGGACACAACUGCAGAUAGUUCUGUCAUUCCUUCGAAUGUUUCUAGCUGCAGUGUGGUGGACAUUUUACCUAACUUUGAUGUUAAAGCAGUCGAUUCCAAGACUUCAAACCUUGCAAGUGUAAAAUCUACAGAAGUUUUAGCUGUAAAAGCUGCAGAGAAAGACGUUUGUCAUUUGGAUCAACCACAAUCUGAACUUGAAAAGAACGCUGAUGAAGAAUCUGACAAACCACUCACUGAAACAUCAACUUCCGAAGGACUUUCAGAAGAAAUUAAUAAUUUGUCUCUGAAAAAUGCCUCUGAAUCUAAUGAACCAGUCAUUAUCAAGUCAGCAUCUGAAAAAUAUCCACAAGAACCCAAACUUAAAGACAAGCCAACUGAAGCUGCCACCGAUCAAUCAGUCAUCGAACCUUUAUCGGAAGAACAAAAAACUGAUAAGGUGUCUACUAAUCAAGAUAGAAAUCAAUCCAUCAUCGAAUCUACACCUUCCCAAGAAUAUUCAGAGGACAGAAAGUCCACCACUAAUUCACAAACCAAACCUGAUCUCCCUCUUCAAAACACCACUAAUGCAACAACUGGUGAUAGCGUUGGUCAGGGAUCAGAACUACUUCCAAAUUGUGAGGGAGCUCCUAUCGGCGAGAUCAUUGUGUCCGUUAUAGAUCGAGAUCAAAGUGAAGAUCAACAGGGCAGUCAAAAAGAACCUACAAUUAUUUCUGCCGAAGAGACGGGAGGUCAAAUCAAAGCGAAAGAAAACCAAGAAGACUCUUCAGGACUUGAAGACGCAGCCAAGAAUGAAACUUGUUGUGUAGAAACGGCAAAGCACAUAUCAUCUCCCAGAUCAACAGAUGAGAUCCAACAUUCUGAAGUUGUGGAUUCGACAGUAAAAGCGACUGGAACAAAUUUGGCAGCUCCAAGUAGCAUUCAAAAUCACGAUGACCAGCCGAAUGUGGUAACUUUAUCGGGUGCGGGCGAACUUUCUAAAGAAAAAUCCUUAGAUAAGCAUAUAACCGAAGAUAUUCCGAAAGAUUUAACUUUGAUAGAAACAUCGACAAAUGCAAAUCCAACUGAAAAUCCUCAAAUCAGCGGCCAGGGACCAUUAUCGCCUAAGAUUUAUCCAGAUGCUAAAGCUGUCAUGUCAUCUCCUUUGGACAAAACUUCCCACAUUGAAGAAAAAGAAGAGGAAUCAUGCAAAGAAGUUAACUCCGCAGAGGAAGCUGAAAAAUCAAGCGAAACCGGACAUGAGGAUGAGGAGAUUCAUAUCGCCAAAUCGGUUAUUGAUGAUCACACUACUAUAGAUGAAAGUACGCAAAUUGAUAAAUCAAUUACUGAUCAGCUCAAAGAUGAAAGUACGCAAAUUGAUAAAUCAAUUACUGAUCAGCUCAAAGUUCCUAUUCUGGAAGAAUCAUCUAGCCAACUUAUAGUACCCCCUAAUCAAGAAGAAGAAACAGACAAUCUGGUUACUCAGUUGGAUACAACAAGCCAAGUUAAGGCAACUCCAUUAAAAGAAUGUUCAUUAAUUGAAGAUACCCGAAAAAAUAAAUCCCAAGAAGAUUCUAAUCUGGAAGAACCAAUGGAAAAUAAGGCUUUGGAUCAAAAGGCUGGCGAGGAAACUGACGAAAAGGUCAUUCAGUUAGAUGCCUCGAGCAUAGUAGAACAUACUUCACUGGAUGAAUGUUCUCUAAAUGAAGUCUCCGCGUCUGUUAAGCCCGAAGAUGUUUCUAUUCUAGGGAAAUCAUCUAAUUGCGACCAAAUAAAGGAGAAUAAAGAAAUGGACAAAAAGGAAGUUGACGAGUGUGGACCAGACAAAGAUGUGAUUCAACUAGAUGAAUCAGGCAUUGCAGACCCAAAUCCGAUAGAUGAAAGUUUACUAACUGAAGACUCUGCCCCUAAGCAAUCCAACGAUAUAAAUAUUCUAAAGGAUAAAACAAAGCAAGAUGAGGAUAUGUAUAAAGAAGAAGCUGCAAAGUGUGUGUCUAAAACGACAAAACAAAACGGAUCUGACGGUGAGGUGAUUGACUUGGAUGCCUCGAUCGUAGUUGAGCAAUCUAUACUGGUAGAAAAUUCUUUGAUUGAGCAAUCCAUUACCGAUGAGCACAAUAAAGUAUCUAUCUUCGAGGAACCAUCUAGUUUCGAGAAAACAAAGCCAAUUUCGGACACGGAACAAAAGGAAACUGAGACCGCAGAAACUAAUAUAGAUAAAUCCUCUUCCAAUAAUCAUGGAGUUGAGAUAGUGGAGCAAACCGAAGAGUGUAAUGUUUUGAGCAACAUGUUACACGAUAGUCAAAAUAUGUCUGUUGAUACUGAGGUUCAUAAAGAAACUGUUGUAAAAUUGACUUCUACGGGAAAGUCCUCCGAGACAGAAAGCUGCCAGAAUAUUUUAUCAAUGACCGCCGAAGUUUCUACAAAGCAUAAUUCGGACUCUCGAGCAAAUGAAUCAGAUAAGGACCAGGAAGAAAUCUCAAUUCACGAUACAUCUGCACCAGAAAUCGAGCUAAAGGUUCCAUAUUCCAAUGACCAAGAAAGUUUUGUACGUCAAACUGAAGAAGACGUAUCUAGUGCAAUCGCUGUAGAGCAGGAAGCAUCAACUAAAGUACAGGAAACUGUAAAGGAAGCAAUGGAAACUUUUGCCAAAGCCAAGGAGUUAUCUGCAGAGCAGCCCCAAUCAGGUGACCAACAGAAAGAUGAUACAUUUACCCCACAGAAAAAGCCGUCUGAAGUUACUUGUACCGAAAGUCAAGUUGAAGUUAUUGAUUUAGAUGAUUCCAGCUCGAGCGCCCAGUCAAAAGCAAGUACUUCUCUUUCAGUUGCAAUGCCAACAGAGGAGCUUCAGGUAUCAGAUGAACUAGCUAAGCCAACGCCUUUAGAGAAAUCUGUCACUGACACUGCCGCUAAAAUUAGUAUGAAAACUGUUACCACUUUGGAUAAUCUUGAGGACGACUGCGUUGCACCUUCAAAGCCUGAAACGACUCCAUUCGAAGCCACUGAGAAAAAAGGUACCCUUACCGAACGAAUGGAAGUAAUUGAUUUGGACGAUUCAAGUUCUAGCGCACAAGGACCUGAAACAACGUCAAUCCAGGAGAUUGUUGUAGAAGAACUUGUUGAAUCAAAAGCAAAUGCAUCUGUUUCAUUUGCGCUGCCAACAGAAGAGCCUCAGGAAUCAGAUAAUGAGCCAGCGCCUGCAAAAGAGUCUGUCACUUUGAUUUCCUGUCAACAGAUUGAUACAAGAAUAUCAACUUCUGAAGCCACUUUGGAUAACCUAGAAAAAGACAGCAUUGCACCUUCUAAAACUGAAACAACGCCGCUCGAAUCCACUGAUAAAAAAGAUAUGCUUACGGAACAGAUGGAUGUCAUUGAUUUGGAUGAUUCCAGUUUAAGCGCACAAGGACCUGCAACAACGCAACUCGAAACCAUUGACGAAAAUAUACUAGCAACAGAAGAGCCUCAGGUACCAGAUGAUCUUGUUAAACAUCUCACUGCCGCUGAAAAUAGUGAUAGAAGAGCAACAACUUCUAAUGCCAUUUUGGAUAUCCAUCACGAAGAAGACAUAUUACCUCAUAGUCCUGAAGCAAAGCCACUCGAGUCCACUGAUGAAAAAGAUACACUAACGAAACAGAUGGAUGUCAUUGAUUUAGAUGAUUCCAGUUCAAGCGCACAAGGACCUUCAAUAACGCCACUCGAAACCAUUGACGAAAAUAUACUUUCAUCAAAGGUAACAGAAGAGCCUCAGGUACCAGAUGAUCUUGUUAAACAUAUCACUGCCGCUGAAAAUAGUGAUAGAAGAGCAAUAACUUCUAAUGCCACUUUGGAUAUCUAUCACGAAGAAGACACAUCACCUAUGAGCCCUAAAGCAAAGCCACUCGAGUCCACUGAUGAAAAAGUUACAAUAACGAAACAGAUGGAUGUCAUUGAUUUGGAUGAUUCCAGUUCGAGCGCACAAGGCCCUGAGUCAAUACUUCUCGAAACUUUUGAUGACAAAGAAUGUGUUGCACCAAAAGCAAGUACUUCUUAUUCUGUUGCCGUUGUAUUGCCAUCAGAGGAGCCACAGGUAUCAGAUGAGCUAGCUAAGCCAGCGCCUAUAGAAGAAAAUGUCAGUGCUGCUAACAAGUAUGACGCCACUUUGGAUAACCUUCCGAAAGAAGGCGUUGCAUCUCCUGAACCAGAAACUAUGCAAGAAAUGCAGGACCAGAAGACACAUGAUAAACCAGUAGUUGACGACCACGCUGCAAAAGAGUUAUCAGACCAACGAAAAACGGAUCAUGGUGAGAUUGAACCUGUUUCAGAACUACCAAAUUCUGCAGUCGUGCUUGUACAGGAAGUUUCAGCCUCAAACGCUAAUGCUAAGCAAAGCCAAAUCAAAACAGAAAAUAAACCAAGUGAGGAGCUUGAUCAUAGUACUUCAGAUUUGGGUACUGAAAAUAAAGAAAAAGUCGACCUAAAAAUGAAUAGCUUAGAAGAGCCAAUUUCUGUGUUAACGAAGAGAACUCGCAAGCCAUCGAAUCACGAAGAUAAACUCUCAUAUGAAGGUGAUUCGAAACCAGCAAAUCGGGUGACUAGAAAGGGGUCGUCUUCCUCUGAUAGACCUGCAGAGGCUAUCGGAUCUGAAAAGCCCAAGAGGAGGGCGCGGAAACCCUCUGCUGAGGUUGAUGACCAUGAAAAGGAUAAUAAGCAAAAGGAUGAUGUCCACGUUAAGCCCAAGGGACGAGCUAGAAAGCCAUCAGCGGAUGUAGAUGAGAGCAAACAAGAAGACAUCUUAGAAAAAAGAAAAGGACGAAGUCGUACCCCAUCAGCAGAAAAUUCUGAGCCGAUCAAACAGAAGGAAAAUGUUGAUGGCCAUAAACCGGAAGAAGUCCUGCAAUCCAUCUUAGAAGAAGAGGCGGAUCCACGAGUUGACACGCAUAAUUUACAAGAAGGUGAGGAUACCAACAAGAAAUAUAUCGAAAGCUCUACAAAACGCGGGCAGAAGGCAUAUGCAAAAGAAACAAAUGCCACUUUGGUCAAGCAAGAUAGGACUCAAGACGAACUUCCGCAAUCCAAUGAAGAUCAUUCGGAUCAAGCGGAACAACAGGAACCUCAAGAACCUGUUAAGGAAGUUAAUGCAAUGCCAAACCCAAAAGAAGACGAAAAUAUCAACCAGAAGAAUACAAUAGAAAAGCCUAAAAGACGUGGGCGUAAACCAUCGGCCAAGGAAACGGAAACGACAUCGGUCAAGAAUGAACACACUAAAGAUGACCUGAAGGCCACCAACAAAGACGAAUCUCCGCAUUCCAAUCAAGACCAUUUGGAUGGCUCUAAACAGCAGCAGCCUCAAGAACCUAUGCCAGUUGAGACCUUAGAGGAAGAGCCAGAAGUGGUUUUAGAAAAACCCAGUAGGAGGGCUCGCAAGGCAUCAGAAGACGUAAGCCUAGUAUCAGACAAUAAGCACAAAUCAGAUGAACUUCAUUCUAUUGAAAAGCAGAAUAUCGAAGACCUUGCAGAAGUUCGCGUGGAGAAAACAAAGCGCAGAGGACGUAAACCAUCGGCAGAGGUGGUGGAAGCCACCGGAAGUAAACAGCAGGAUGAUAACACAGAAGAGACCAAAGCGGAGGCCGCGCUGGCAUCUAUUGAAGAGGAAACCAAGCCCCAAGUGCGAGCACGAAAAUCCGCCGAAUUUUUGUCUGCUAAUGUCCAGGAAGCAGCUAAGGACGAUCACAUUGAAAAACCCAAGCGUCGGGGUCGCAAGCCAUCAGUCGACAUCGAUCAUGUGGCCCAAGAAGUUCUGGAAAAACCCAAACGAAGGGGUAAAACUCCAGCAGAGCACGAGAAGCACUCUAACGAGGAUGAGAAGCAGGAGCCGCCGUUGCCAGUUGUGGGGCCUGAGAAAAAGGCCAGGCGCAAUGCGCGCAAGGCUUCGGCUGAAACUAUUGAAGCCGUUUCGACCAGCGGGGAGGAACAUCUUCAGCAAAUUGCAGAGGCAACCGAGCCGGAUUCGGAAUCAGAACCAGCGCCAAUUAAUCCGCUGCCCAAGGAGGAGGAGGAGGCACACAUAAAAAAGAACUCGCCAGAGAAAACGGUGGAGAUCCCAUCUCACUCACGCAGGCGUGGACGCAAGGUUACCGAAGAUGAGGCCCUAACAACUGCGGACAUAGCGGAGCCGAAGCCAAAGCUACGGGGACGCAGGGUGUCCUUGGAUCAGGAGCACAAGGAGGACACCUCAUCAGAGGUUGUGGAACUGCCAGCGGCAAAAUCAACGCGGCGGGGUAGAAAGCCGAGUGCAGAUGUGGAAACGACUCCACUGACUGCGCCGGAGAAGAAAGCUCCUUUGCGACGUGCCCGCAAGGCUUCUGCGAAUGUCGACGACGGGACGCCAGUGACCAAGAAGCCGACAAGCCGACGAGGUCGCAAAGAAGAUGUCCACGAGGAAGAACAGAAAAAUCAAAUUGAUUUACAGAACCUGUCCACGGAAAAUGUGCCGGCAACCGUUGUCACCAUUAGCUCCCCCUCGAAGACUAGCGAUGGAGAAGAACUUACUCCGCGGCGGCGCGAGGGCCGCAACCUGCCGCGUAAAAACUACGAAGAGGCGCCAGACGAGGACAAGCCACACUCCGCAUCGCGCCGGGCACGCAAGCCAGCGGCGAGCAAGGUUAUGAUCAACAAGGCGCCAGAGCAAGAUGCCCUAACAGCGACACCCAUAUCCAAGCAGCCGCCCAUCGAGGUGGAAGACACUCCCGACACCAGCAAGGCGCCAGAGCAAGAUGCACUGACAGCCACAGCCAAACAACCGCCCGUCGAGGUAGGAGACACCCCCAUCAGUUCGCAGCGGCGCGAGGGACGCAACCUGCCGCGCAAGAACUACACGGAGGCGCCUGAUGACAAGCCCACAUCGGCUCGCAGUCGCCGGGUGCGCAAUCUCACAGCGAAGGCCCUGGAGUUGAUUGUGGACUCCUCGCCGCGUCCGGCGACUCCAAAGCGACCCAAGGGCAAGGCGGUGGAGGAUGAAGAGCCCCCCGUAAAGAAAGCGGCACCAGAGAGCCCACCAGCAGCAGAGGCGCUGGCGCCGGAAGAUGAGCCGGCGCCCGCAGCCAAAGGUCGCGCUACACGUCGCAAGGCAGACGACGUGGCCGAUGCAUCGGUGCCAGCCAGUAAGAGAGGAGCUCGCGAUCUUCACAGCGAGACGGAGGAGUCGGACCACAAGCCGGCCAAGAAGAACGUUCGCGCCACGGCACGCAAAGCCAAAGCCAAAGUCGAGACUGACCCGGAGGAGCAUCCGCCCACUAAAAAGGCGCGAGGCGGAGCACGUGCCAAAACACCUGUGGCAUCUGCGCCGGAAGAUGAGCCGGCGCCCGCGGCCAAAGGUCGUGCUACACGUCGCAAGGCAGACGACGUGGCCGAUACAUCGGCGCCAGCCAGUAAGCGACUAUCUCGCGGUCAUCACAGCGAGACGGAGGAAUCGGACCCGAAGCCGGCCAAAAGGAAUGUUCGCGCAACGGCACGCAAAGCCAAAGUCGAGACUGACUCGGAGGAGCAUCCACCUCCAAAGAAGACGCGAGGUGGAUCACGUGCCAAAACACCUGUGGCAGAAACAGAAGCGUCUGCCGCUAAUCAAGAGGAGGAGCCAGCCAAGAAGCCCGCUGCUCGAAGUCGAGCACGAGGCGCGAAGGCGGUAGAACCAGAGCAGCCCGUCGGGGAUACCCAAGUCGGAGUCGCCGCCUCCACAUCCGCGGCGACAGUGCGCGGUGGACUUGGCAAAAAGGUGCACUUUGAGGCUGCGCCGGAGGUCGCCACUCGAUCCCGCCGGAAGUAAAACCUAUCUAUUUUAUCCAGAAGCUUGCACCACUUUGUAUAAUUUGUUUUGGUUAUCUUAUAAUAUUGCAUUUUUUCCACUUAUGUUACUAAAUUAUGUAUAAAAAGUUUGCAUUUAUAAAUUAAUCAAGGCACAAUAAUAUUUAAGUUUAUUGUUAAUCCCAAUUUUCGGUGGGUCAUAGGUGGCUCCCUUCGCUCAGAAAUGCAAAAUCCUUAAUAGACUUAAGGCAUUCACAUUAUUGAUACAUAUAUAUAGUUUUACCUUUAAGACACUAUCAAAAACCCCCAAAAAUAAUAAAGAUUCAUAAACCUUA